AUGUAUAUUGACUGGGAACUGAAUUCCAAAGAGCAGUGGGCAAGGCGCUCUAACAUUGAAAUCCAGGGCAUACCUGAGGCCAAAAAUGAAAAUCUUCUCGACAUCUUCAGUAAUCUAACAAAGAUGGCAGGAUUUCCCAUUAACGUGGAUACUGACAUUGAUUUUAUUACUCGGGUAGCCCCAAUGUCGUCGGAUACAAAAAAAACCAAAGCCAUUGUAGUGCGGUUUCUAGCGCGUUACAAAAAAGACGAUUGUCUAAAUCGGUUGAGGAAGCUUAGGGACCUCAAGGCGUGCGAUGUUGGAUUUGCAGGAAAUAACUCACCGAUUUAUUUUAACGACCACCUCACAAAGGUCAAUAAGCUACUACUGAAAGACGCUAAGAGGAUCGCUCGUGACAACGGCUACAAGUGGGUGUGGGUAAAGGUGACUGUCCAUUUUAUCAUGGUGCGACGAAACGACACUAGUGCUGUAAUAAAUAUCUUAAGUAGUGAAGAUUUAAAAAAAAACAAAUAA